AUGAGGUUCAACUCUGUUGCAGCCCUUCUUGGGGCUGCUGUCGCUGUUCAAGCUCUUCCAGCCAUUGAAGAGCGCUCACAAUAUGCCAACUCCUCCAUCGAAGCCCCGAAGCAGCAGGGCUUUGAAGUUGUCAUUGUCUACGCUCGUCCUGCCGAGGGAUGCCCGGCCAAGCCCGCCCACUGCGAUGCUGGUGCCCACGACGACCAGAAGGCCUACGAGGCUCCUUCUCUUCCCGAACCCUCCAUCGCUGAAGACCACGGAGACUCUGGCUUUAAGGGAAGCAAGACUGCUACCCUUGAGCACGAUGCUCCUAUGGCCACCCUUACCCCCGCCAUCCACUGGAACUAUGACACUCGCCCGGCCACCAACGUCAUCCCCAUCGCCCCUGAGAAGGCCUCCGAAAUGUUUUACGGCAUCACUGAUCCUUCCAAGGCCGGCCACUUCGCCUUCCUAACCUACUACUUCAAGAGCCCCUCGGUUAACCUCGAUCACUGUGACCACGUGACGAAUGUCAAGUAUGACUCUGACGAGCUGACGAUCGGUUUCGGCUCCGAAGAGGCAUACGAGCACGCUGUCUCUACCUGGGCUGAUGACGAAGAUGUCAUCCUCAUCGUGUACGUCCCUGGCUGCGGCGACUACGCCAAGGGCGAUCGCUGCUACUUCCAGGUCAAGGCUCUCUCGUACAAGAAGGGUGACCUCGUCAUCGUCGCCGGUGGCAAACCUUGCCACCCAGAUGAUGUUAUCUCCAAGGGUGAGACCGAAUGGGGUUGGUGGACUCCUCGCGACGAUGGAUAUGGCCCCAAGGCCCCGAGCACCAAGACCCUGCCUGGCGUCGGAGGACAGGGCACGACCAGCUCUGCCAGGCCUACGACCACUGCUCGCGCUCAAAACACUCAGUCUGGUGCCUCCUUCACCUGGGGAGGUAGCUCGACGUCGAUUGUGACUGCUACGACCGUAGGGGGUUCGUCGCCCUCUGGCAGCGCCUCUGCCGGACCUUCGGCCUCUGGGUCCGGCUCGUCUCCUUCUAACUCCCAAGGCCCCUCUGGCACGUCUGCUCCUGGAGCUGGUAGCACAUCGGCUGGCUUUGCUGCGGCCAAGCCCAACUGCAAUGCUCCUGUUGACACCAAGUACGGUUUGCCCUCAGCCUGUUGGGGUGAGCUCUUCGACUACGACCUUGACACUGAUCUCGGCUAUGAGCCCUUGAGUGCGGAAUAUAAGACUUUCGCCCUUAAGCUCGCCCCCGAGCUUGACGACUAUGCCGAGGCCGAGGGAGAGACCUUCGACGGCGACUUCUGGAAGACAAACAAGCGGGGUAUCCGUGUCCUGAACAAGCGUUUCUGUGGCUUCCUGUGCGACGUUGUGGACAAGUAUGUUGUCCAGCCCGUCAAGCAGGUAUACAAGUCUGCCCAAGAGGCGAGCUCUAUUCCUGGCAGCAUUAACAAGGAAGUGAGCUGGAAGCUUCCUGACUCCUCCUCCAAGGAUCCUGAUGCCAAGACCCUCAAGGAUCCUGAGACCAAACAGGUCACUUCUCCGUGGGGUGACUCAAUUCUCCUCAAGGCUUUCGGAAACCAGGAGGGCGAUGAGAAUAAGAAGCUCAAUGGUUACAUGAACGUCUUCUGCGUUGGCUGUGGUGUUUCCGGCAGUGCCAAGCUCGCUGGCCGUGCUGCCUGGACUCCCCUCGGUGGUGUCUUCACCCAGGGUGAGGUUGAGGUGAACACGGACAUCAAGUUCGUACUAAAGGUCGGCAUCGACGCCCAGAUGACCUACAAGCAAGAGUUCAGUCACACGCUCCUGAAUGUCGGCCUCCCUGGUCUGUCCUACGGCGUCGUGACCAUCGGUCCCCGCAUCACCGUUGGCUCCCGCGUUGAGCUCGAGGCCGAGGCCAAGGGCAAGCUCCUUGCCGGUGCCGAGAUGGGUCUGCAGAACGCACACGUGCUCAUCGACUUUGUCAACCCCUCCAACAGCAAGCGCGACGGCUGGGACCCCUACUUCAAGCCAGUCUUCGAGGCCGAGGGUGAGAUCAUGCUCGCCGCGACUCUGGGCCUACCCAUUGGGCUCCGCUGCGGUCUCCAGAUCGGUCAGUGGGACAAGUCCGUCGGUCUCAUCGACGAGCCCUCGAUCAAGGGUGUCGCGCAGGUGGCUGCCUCCAUCGAGCUGACCGAGGAGAAGAAAUUUGCCGCCGGAUUCAAGGAUAUUGACGGUUGCACGGGCAUUAGCACCCAGAUCAGUUGGAGGAACAAGCUGUUCAUUGACAUCUUCGGAACCACCCAGAUUCCCCUGCUGGACACCGAUGACAGACCGCUUGCCCGCGGUUGCAUUGCACUCCCUGGUGUUCCCGGUCAGGAGCCUACCGCAACCGCCGACCCUACGGCUUCUGCCACGCCCUCCAACCCCGCAACUCCUGGAGAGUCCAACCUUCCUACGGAUCCCGAGAACCCAACUGGUCCUACGGAUCCCGAGGGGCCCACUGACCCUACGGAUCCCGAGAACCCAACUGAUCCCACCGACCCCGAGGAGAACCCGGAGGACGGCGGCGAGGAGAACCCAGAGGACGGCGGCGAGGAAAACCCCGAAGACGGCGGUGAGGAGAACCCCGAAGACGGCGGUGAGGAGAACCCCGAAGAUGGUGACGGGGGCUCUGAGGAGGGCUUCGAGAACUCUGACUUCCAGGAAGCCACAAAGGUCCGCGCUCGUCAGGCAACCACAUCUGCUGUGGUCACUGCCCCCGCAAACAUCACGGGCAAGGUCGUCGACAUCACCUCCAAGAUCAAGGGCAAUGGCACCAGCGUCCUCAGCUACACCCCUGAGACCCUCCCUAAUCGCCCUUACAACACAAGCACCGGUUAUGACCUUGCGCUUCUAGUUGAUCCCGAGGCCACUACCAUGAUCGUCUCCUGCUCCAACGGCAACAUGUACGCCUUUGGUGUUGAUGGCGAGGACAAUGAGCACUGCUCUGAGAUGUGGUCGUCCAAGAACGACGUCCUCGUCACGGACGGUGGCCAGCGUCUCAUGCAUUACUAUAACAACUCCAUGUCUGCCGUCGGCGUCUCUCGUCUCCGCCUCGACGACCAGGAGAACAUCCCCUCGGCUGGUGUCGUCGUCGCCUUUGCUCCCUAUAGCGAGGAUGACAAGACCGAUGACUACUUCUACCUGGCUGUCGAUCCCAAUGAGCAGGUUUUCUACCUGCUUGUCUGUGACUAUGAGGAUAACUCGGGUUCCAAGAUCUUCCUCGCCAAGGACCCCGAGGACGGUGCCGCCAUGCUCAUGAGCGAGGAUCUCCAGUACACUGUCACUGGUGGCAAGGUCACCGGAUGCUACCCGCUCACCCUGAUGCAGGGCGAGUACGCGGCCGGCGACGACUACACGACUCUCAGCGAGGCUUCUGACUCGGAGGAGUGGGACCUUGAGGAUGACUGGUUUGAGGAAGAGUGA